UCGCAUCUACGACACAGGUUUCUUGCUUCCUUCUCUGCGAUACCGGGCAGCCUCGGAUCGCUCGGAGCUGGGAGCAGCCGGAGCUGGGAGCGCCUGGCUCGCCCCCAGGUUUUGCGAUGCUCGAAGAGGGCAAUGAUGCAGUUGUGAUUUCUGGAAGGAAGCUGGCCCGGCAGAUCAGACAGGAAGCCCGUCACGAGGUUGAGCAGUGGGUAGCGGCUGGAAACAAGAGACCUCACCUCAGCGUUGUUCUCGUCGGUGAAAAUCCAGCGAGUCACUCCUACGUACUGAACAAAACCAAAGCGGCUGCUGACGUUGGAAUCAGCAGUGAAACCAUCCUCAGGCCGGCUUCUAUCACUGAAGAGGAGCUACUGGAUUUGAUCAGCAGACUCAAUAACGAUGCCAAUGUGGAUGGCCUGUUAGUACAGCUUCCUCUACCUGAACAUAUUGACGAGCGCAAGAUUUGCAACGCUGUGACUCCAGACAAAGACGUUGAUGGCUUUCAUGUGAUAAACGUGGGGCGCAUGUGCCUCGACCAGUACUCCAUGCUGCCGGCUACCCCGUGGGGGGUGUGGGAGAUCAUUAAGAGAACUGGCAUCCCAACGCUGGGGAAGAACGUGGUGGUGGCUGGCAGGUCGAAGAAUGUGGGCAUGCCUAUCGCCAUGUUGCUGCAUACGGACGGCAGGCACGAGCGCCCGGGAGGCGAUGCCACGGUCACGAUAUCCCACCGCUACACUCCCAAGGAGCAGCUGAAGCAACACACAAUCCGUGCUGAUAUUGUGGUAGCGGCAGCAGGCAUACCCAAUCUGAUCACAGCUGACAUGAUCAAAGAAGGAGCUGCAGUUAUUGACGUGGGGAUAACGAGAGUGCAGGAUCCUGUCACUGCCAAAUCAAGGCUGGUUGGAGAUGUGGAUUUUGAAGGGGUGAAGAAGAAAGCCAGCUACAUCACUCCGGUCCCCGGGGGAGUUGGGCCCAUGACAGUUGCCAUGCUGAUGAAGAACACCAUCAUCGCUGCCAAGAAGCUGUUGAAACCCAAAGAGCUGGAAGCGUUAACUGCUUAACGUAGGACUCUCUCUAGCACUGGAAACAACAUUCCAAACUGACUCCCAAACAGGCCGAUAGAAAAUGCAAUAUUUUUAUUUAUUGUAUUGGAAGUGGAAUUUCCUAUCCUGAGGUCAUAGGUAUUUAUUUGAAGCUGAAGCAUAUGCACAUUAGUCGUACUGAGGUGUAAGCAUCUACACUCCUGGCCUGCUCACGCUAGCAAAGCAGCUUUACGUUGAAGCUAGCUCUUCUAGGAAGCCGGCCCUGCUCUUGCAGGGACUAGGCAGCGGUCGGGAUCCUGGGUGUGCCGCUCCCCUGGGAGCUUGGUGUUGGCGUUAGCAAUCCCGUGGGAGAUAGAGCGCUGCUCCGCGGUGCAAAAGCAACGGCCUUCAUGGUUCUGAUCCCACAGAUGCUCAGUCUGUUUGGACUGCUCGCGUUUGACUCGCUCCAGUCUUCUACUCAACGCUGGAUGUUUAGUUUGAGUUAAGCUCUUCCGUAGAAGAAGUUACUCGAGAAAAGCCACGUGCCUGUUCUCAGCCUGCGCGGGGCCCUGGGCAGUGGCAGAUCUGUUGUAACAUGUGUGCAGCUAAACUGGUUUUUUGCUAUUUGGAUGGUGCCUUUUUUUUUUAAAAGCCUUUUUUUUUUUUUCCCUCUUCUAACCAAAGAACAAUGGGGGGGGGGCUGUUGGUGUCUACGUUGGGCACACAGGAGGUUUCCUGAACUGUAUUGUAAAGCAUGCAAGCACUUAGUGAAUAAUGCAGGCUAACUCUAAAUAAAGAAUGAGAAGGAAAAAAAAAAACCAAAACCCAAACCCAAGCUCUGCUUGUGUCCUAGAAUUAUUACUAAGCAAGUCUUUCACUCCUCCAGAAGAGGAGAGCUGCCCUCGGCAAGAGUUUAUGAAAGCACUUGUGCUAGGAGCUUCCCUCUUGUCCCUACGGAACAGGGUCAGGUCUGGCUUCUUCCCUGAAUUUAGCUGAGACGCAACAGCUACAGGCAUCACCAACUCGGCUUAGAAAUAAGACUGUCUCUUACUUUCUAUGCCCGAACAAAACCUGUUCAGCUUCCUGAUUCUGUUUCCUAACUACAUCAGCAUGACAAUAUAAACUUAGUCCUC